GCCAUCCUGGAGGUGAUACAGGCGCAGCAGCAUCCAUGGCCUGCCCGUAGCCGCGGCAUUCCCGCUCCUUCCUCCUCCUCCUCGUCCUCCUCCUCCUCCUCCCCGCCGCCCGGGAAGCGCUGCUGACGGGGGAUCGCGCUCUCCUGCGUUUUUUUCAGGCUCCUCGGAAAUUGAGGAAUGCAAUUCUGCCACCAUGAUGGAAGGAUUGAAAAAACGCACCAGGAAGGCCUUUGGCAUACGCAGGAAAGAAAAGGACACUGAUUCCACAGGGUCACCAGACAGGGAUGGCAUCAAGAAAACCAACGGAGCCCCAAAUGGAUUUUAUGCGGAGAUCGACUGGGACAGAUACAACUCACCUGAGCUGGAUGAGGAGGGCUACAGCAUCCGACCCGAGGAACCAGGAUCUACCAAAGGAAAGCACUUCUACUCCUCGAGCGAGUCGGAGGAGGAGGAGGAGGCGCACAAGAAAUUCAACAUCAAGAUCAAGCCCCUGCAGGCCAAGGACGUCCUGCGCAGCGCGGCCACCGUGGACGAGCUCAAGGCCUCCGUGGGCAACAUUGCACUUUCUCCAUCCCCCGUGAGGAAAAGUCCGCGGCGCAGCCCGGGGACGAUUAAAAGGAAUUUAUCCAGUGAGGAGAUCACGCGGCCCCGGCGCUCCACGCCCACGCCAGACCCCGGCAGCAAGAGGCCCGGGGAGGAUCCGGCGGCGCUGGCCCCGCUCUUCGGGCCCCCGCUGGAGUCGGCCUUCGAGGAGCACAAGCUGGACGCUGCUCUGGACCAGCCUGAGAUAUGGGGGUCAGUCCAGCCCAUCAACACAAACGUAGAGUCCCCAAAACUUCCAAGACCUUUUCCAACUGGAACCCCUCCGCCGCUCCCCCCGAAGAACAUCCCGGCGACGCCGCCGCGCACCGGCUCCCCCCUGCCCCCGGGCAUCGGAGGGGACCAGGCAGCAGCAGAGCCCAAACGGGACAAACUCCCGUCCAUCAAUGACUUGGACAGCAUUUUUGGCCCCGUGCCGUCCCCCAAAUCUGCUGCUGCCACCGCAGAAGACAAGUGGGUCAAUUUUUCCGAUCAAUCCCCGGAAAGCGCGCCUCCGGAAUUGUCGCCCCGGGACAAAGCGCCGUCCCCGCCGGCGGCCGCGGGCAGCCCGGCCAGCGCUCCGGCCGAGCCUCCCCGCCCGCUGCCCUCGCCGCUGCAGCUGGAAGACGCUCCCAAGAAGCUUCCCGAGCAGCCCCACCUUAAGGAUGAUUCCUCCGAGCCGGUCGCCUCUCCCAAAGAUUUUGGGCCGGGCCAAAGAGCCACCCCGCCGCCCCCUCCGCCGCCCACCUACCGCGCGGUGGUGUCGUCCCCCGGACCGGGCGCCAGCACGGGAAGCACCAGCGGUUCCUCGUCCCCGGCUCGCCCCGCAACGCCGCUGGCCACGUGGGCACCCCCCCCGCCGCCGCCGCCCCGGCCCCCGUCCCGGCCCAAGCUGCCCCCCGGCAAACCCCCCGUCAGCGACGUGUCCAGGCCUUUUAGCCCUCCCAUCCACUCCUCCAGCCCUCCUCCGAUAGCACCUUUAGCCCGUGCUGAAAGUACUUCUUCCAUAUCUUCCACCAAUUCCCUGAGUGCAGCCACCACUCCCACCGUCGGCUCGUCGCGGGGCCCCAGCCCCCUGACCAUGGGGGCACAGGACACCCUGCCCGUGGCCGCCGCCUUCACCGAAACCGUCAACGCGUACUUCAAAGGGGCUGACCCCAACAAGUGCAUCGUGAAGAUCACGGGGGAGAUGGUGCUGUCCUUCCCGGCGGGCAUCACCCGACACUUUGCCAACAACCCCGCUCCAGCCGUGCUCACCUUCCGCGUGCUCAACUUCAACAGGCUGGAGCACGUCCUGCCAAACCCCCAGCUGCUCUGCUGUGACAAUGGGCAGAGUGACUCCAACUCCAAGGAGUUCUGGGUCAACAUGCCAAAUCUGAUGACUCACCUAAAGAAGGUAUCGGAACAGAAACCUCAAGCCACCUAUUACAAUGUGGAUAUGCUCAAAUACCAGGUAUCUGCCCAGGGUAUUCAGUCUACUCCAUUAAACCUUGCAGUGAGCUGGCGGUGUGACCCUGCAAGCACUGACCUGCGCAUCGACUACAAAUACAAUACAGAGGCAAUGACCACGCCUGUAGCUCUAAACAACGUCCAGUUCCUCGUCCCCGUCGACGGAGGAGUAACCAAACUUCAAGCUGUGCUUCCUCCUGCUGUCUGGAAUGCUGAACAGCAAAGGAUAUUGUGGAAGAUCCCUGAUAUCUCCCAGAAGUCAGAAAACGGAGGUGUGGGGUCGCUGCUGGCGCGGUUCCAGCUGUCCGAGGGGCCCAGCUCGCCGGCCCCGCUGGCCGUGCAGUUCACCAGCGAGGGCAGCACCUUGUCCAGCUGCGACAUCGAGCUGGUGGGCGCCGGCUACCGCUUCUCCCUCAUCAAGAAGAGGUUUGCGGCAGGUAAAUAUUUGGCGGAUAACUGAUGGAAGCUUAUGCAAGUCUAUGGAAAAUACUAUGGAAAAUACCCAAGGACUGCUGUGCGUGGAACGGGUUUUAAUUACAGUUUAAGGAAAAUGAACUAAAUCCUGCACUCGGGACAUUUCUGUUGGAAGUGUCGACAACUUUCAGCAUUUAUUUUUUCCUUGGAAAACACCGUCUUGACCAGUCCUCCAGUAUUUACUUCUAGAUGUAACAUUGUUAAUGGUUUUAAAAUGUAAUUAUUGUAUUUGUAAAUUGUACUCAUUCCAGUAAGGCUGUAUUUUGGCAGUUAGACACUUGAGUUUUAGCAUUUUACCAUUCAUGAAAUGGAUGUAAUUUAAACUGUGGUAUAUAAAUCUAAUAGUAGUACUGUUGAAUGGCACAAUGCUUACAGAGGUAGAUUGCAUUUUGUCAAUAUAUACAAUUUAAAUACGAUACUGGUAGCUGUUAUGAAGGGGGUGCCUCAUCAAAAGAGAGUUCAGUAGGGCCCACAGGCUGAUUUAAUUUUCCUUCAGUCCUUAGUACGUCUCACAGCGAUCAAUAAAAAGCUCAACCUUCAGGUUUAGCUGGUUUAACUCCAGAAAAAUAUUCUUGGAAAGGUGGAGGUCCCUAGGACAGUCUCCCAGGAAGGAAAUCUCACUUCUGCAGGGAGUAUUUACUCCAAAUUUCCAGCCCCGUGUUCUCCUACAGCUGCAGAUGCCCUGUUGGAAUCCCAGCAGCGCUUCCCUGCCCCGUGCCCGGGUAUUUUGUGGGGAUGCAGAUGAGGAAAGAGGCAGCAAAGAGGCCGGGUGGUCCCUCUGAGCUCCCAGCACUGGCACAAAAUGUCAGUGUUGGGUUUGAGGAUGCGUUUUCCGAGCUGCCUCCGGACGUUUGGUUGCGUUUUUGCGUUGCUUUGCUGGCUUUUUUCUGCUUUUCUCCCCCAUUUCUGAAAGCUCUACGGGUUUAGAAAAUGCUUUAUAGAAUGGCAGCUGCACCUGCUGCUCUAUUUUAGCACUCAGGCAGGAAAAUGUGUAUGGAAAAACACUGGGAAAGAAUUCCCCAGGGAGCAGGAGCAGCGCGGGGGCUGUUUGGUACCCGCCAGGGCAGGAGCCCAGCUCGCCAGCAUUGGGAGCAGCUGUCUUGUAGAGAUGGGAAAACACAUGCAAGUGCUAAACUGGAGAAUGGGGGACAAAAUAUUGUCCCUCUGUGUUUUCCCUGUCCCACUGAGUGCUGCUCAUUCCUGUGGAUCUCAUCCCACUCCUGGCAGCACGGGGAGAGCGUUGGUGGCAUCCAUGGUGCUGCAGCUGCUGAGCUGGGCUUGUUAAACGGGAGAAUUUGGCAAUUUUGGGAAGAAAGAUGAAGGAAUCUUUGUGAAAUCAAACACAGAUGCACAGAGAAGCAUCCAUGAAUGGGGUGCUGGGACUUUGGGAAUGUGUGAGGUGACAAAAAGUGCUGAUUUUCCAAGUGUUGCCAUGAUUACAGUGGUGCACUUACACUGGAAAACAGCCUGGGCAUGUUGGGAAGUGCUUGCUCACGGAGCAGUCUGAUGAAGGAAAACACAGAUCUGUGCCCAUCUUAAGAGACAAGAAGGAAAUGUGGGGGUAUUUCAGGUGUGAGGUGGCUUCCAGGCUGAGAUCUGGGGGGUGAGCUGUGUGUGAGUUGACAGAAGGCAGCAGCAGGAAAGGAGAAGCACAAUUCACUCCUGCAGCUUCCCACACCCUCACAGACUUUGGGAGUGCAGUCCCCAGUGUUCCACUCCAUGAAUGAUUUUCCCCCUGAACUGGAAAUUUGUAUAAAGUGUGGAGCUCAGCCCUUUCUGACACAGAAAUAUAGGGGCAAACCCUAAGAAUCAGGUUUAUGGUGUGUACAAUUGCUCCAAACCCACCCUUCCAAAAGAGAUCUAUGGCACAGACCUGAAAAAAAAAAAAAAAAAGGAUUUAUAAUGUAAAUAUUACCAGAACAUAGAGAUUUUACUUUAUAUUUCAUUUGAAAGACAAGGUGUUUACAUUAGCAUUGGGUUUUUGAGUGCUUUUUAAACAGAAAAAACCCAUAACCCAAAGGUCCCAAGCUCAUCCUGAUUGAGCUGGUGAACAAAACAGAGGUCACUUUUUUGGGACGCAGCCCUCAUGGCCUGGAGAGAGAGAUGGGAACAGCCUGGGACAUUUUGUCCUUUUUCUGGGACGUGUGGGAUGUGCCAGCACUCCCAGCCCCACAGGGACACAGUCCCAGCUCCGGGCACUGGCAGGUGACACCAACCCUGUGACACUGGGACCAAAAGCAGCGAUUUGGGACAGGUUUUUCCAUCCUGCUCUAGGGCAGUUUUUGGCAGAGUGUUUUCUCAGAGUGCCCUGGGGUUUGUUGGGAGCUUGGUGAGAGCACCCGGCUCCAGA